CGAGGGAAUCUACAAUAGGCUGUUAGAUUGCAAUUUUAAGAGAAAUACGGCAGCAUUGAAUCCUAUGCGCAAUUGAUAAUGGAGACGGAACGUGGCACAGCGGCCGCAUUGAUCCCAACUCUUUUUCCAGAGCGCAAACCAAUGACGCCAGCACAGAUCGCGGCUGGCAUACAAGCAGCGCUGAUAGUGCAGCGCCGCGCAGUGACAUUCGGCAAGCGACCUUUUGCCGCAGCACUGGUAGGACCAGACAAUGACACGGUGCUACUGACGCACCAGUCCGUGGACCAGGUCAACCAUGCUGAGAGCGAGCUGGCCAGAUUGGCAUACAAACAUUAUACCAAAGAGUUCUUGUGGCAAUGCACUCUCUUCAGCACGUGGGAGCCGUGCGGAAUGUGUACGGCUACCGUCUACUGGGCACAUAUCGGUCGCAUCGUCUUCGCGGCUAGCAACGACCAGUUAUACGAACUGACCGGUCCGGGCAACAAGGAGAAUUUUACUAUGGACUGGCACACUAGGGACGUUUUAAAGGGGUGCCCGCAGAAGGAUAUCGAGGUUAUUGGACCAUUGGAGAAAGAAGGCAAGGCGGUUGUGGAAGAGAGCAGUAUAUAUUGGAGCAGGACAAGCGCUCAUAGUGGCUGAGCGUCGGCUGACUGCUGUUUGGCUGUUUAGGGCUGAAACCGAGAUUCCUAAUAGGGCAAAAACAAGCCUAAAACGGUAUAUAUGAGAGACGAUGAAGGCUGAAGGCGCCAGACGUAGGAAUAGGGGUCACAGCCAACAUACCCUGUGACGUCAGAUCAUGUUUGCAAAACU